UUCGUGGGGAGAUCCAUCGGAGGGUGAAUUUGGCGUAGGUGGAAGCAAUAAAUAGCGCACCAAACCAUGCGUUGUUCUUCACCACCACCACCAACAAACCAUCCGGCACCUUCCUCACCGCCACCUCCCUUUCCCUCUCCUCCUCUCUCUCUCUCCUUCCACCCAAAUGGCUCUCAAGGCCGUCCAUGUCACCGACGUCCCUUCCCUUGACCACGUCCCCGAGAACGCCUCUCUCGCCCUCUGCUCCUCCCGCUUCCCCAACGGGGUGGAGAUGGGUCGGAGUGGCUUCAAGAUGCCCAAGUUCGUCGUCAUCGGCCACAGGGGUAACGGCAUGAACGUUCUGCAAUCUUCGGAUCGAAGAAUGAGAGCCAUAAAGGAAAAUACCAUUAUGUCCUUCAACGCCGCCUCUACUUUUCCUCUUGAUUUCAUAGAAUUUGACGUUCAGGUGACGAGAGAUGAUUGCCCCGUCAUUUUCCACGACGAUUUCAUCUUCUCGGAGGAGAAUGGUGCUGUAUUUGGAAGGAGGAUCACAGAGCUGAGUCUCUCUGAGUUUCUUUCUUAUGGGCCUCAGAGAGACAAUGGCAAUGAGGGAAAGGUUUUGCUAAGGAAAAAAGAUGGGAAGAUAAUGCCAUGGGAUGUUGAACAAGACGACUCACUGUGCACUCUCCAAGAAGCUUUUGUGAAGGUGGAACCCGCUCUUGGUUUUAACAUUGAGUUGAAGUUCGAUGAUCACAUUGUCUAUGAGCAAGAUUAUCUCGUCCAUGUCCUUCAAACCAUCUUAAAGGUUGUGUUUGAAUAUGCCAAGGACAGACCUAUUAUCUUCUCAACAUUCCAGCCAGAUGCUGCCUUGCUCAUCCGGAAAUUGCAAAGCAACUACCCAGUUUUUUUCUUGACAAAUGGGGGAUGUGAAAUCUAUGAAGAUGUGAGGAGAAACUCAUUGGAGGAGGCCAUGAAGCUCUCUGUGGAGAAUGGAUUGGAAGGAAUUGUCUCAGAAAUUAAAGGGAUAUUUAGAGAUCCUGCUACAGUAACCAAGAUAAAGGAGUCCAAGCUCUGUCUCCUUUCUUACGGCAAAUUAAACAAUGUUCCUGAGGCAGUUUACAUGCAACAUCUAAUGGGAAUUGAUGGAGUAAUUGUGGAUUUGGUUAAAGAAAUCACCGAGGCCGUUGCAGAUAUGAUAAAGCCAAAAAAUGGUGGUGAAGGGGAGGGUUUGACGGAGGGAAGUGGGACGGUACAGGGUAACUCAAAUCCACAAUUUUCACAGCAGGAUUUAUCUUUCCUUUUGAAGCUUAUCCCACAAUUGAUACAAAUUUGAAAACUAACAAGAGAAAGAUGCGGCUUUUAAUUGACUUGGCCUAUUACAAUAUAUACACUCAGUAGUUUACAGAUGAUAUACACGGCCUUUCACAAAAGAGUGGAACCCUUUGGAGGGGUUCCAUAAAAGCUCAACCCUUGUACAUAUGUUUCUUCUUUUCUCUUGGGGAUAUAAUGGAAAGAUAUUCUGUACGAAUUAAGUAGUUUGAAGGACCUCGUGCAAAUAGUGACAAAAAUAUCUCUAUAUUGCACCAAUGUUGUUACACCGUUCUUGUAUUAUUGUCUACCAUUUCAAUGAGAACAUACCAAACUUUCUCUCUUCUUCUUCC